CUCUAGUAUUGUUGUUUUCAUUUUUUUAAUGCAAUGUCUGCGUCAAAUUUAGAUAAAAAACCGGAUGUGAAGCCGCCUCCUGGGCUGAAGGCCAUCAUAGAUCACCUCUUGCAGGUGUAUCCCGACCAGCCGAACCCCCUGCAGGUGACCACGCUGCUGAAGUACUGGCUGGGAGGCCAGGAUCCGCUGGACUACAUCAGCAUGUACAACAACAAAGGAGAUGCCGAGAAGAAUGUUCCUCCGCAUUGGCACUACAUCAGCUUUGGUCUCAGCGACCUGCACGGCGACGAGCGUGUCCAUCUGCAGGAGGAGCAGUCGCAUCGGUCUGGCAUGGGAUUCGAGCUGACGUUCCGGCUGGCAAAGACCGAGGCUGAGCUGCAGCAGGAACAGGAUAGCCCGGAGAAGCCUCUUCGGCCACCCACAUGGCCAGCCAAUCUGCUGCAGGCCAUUGGCCGGUACUGUUUCCAAACUGGCAACGGCUUGUGCUUUGGCGACAACAUUCCCUGGCGCAAGAGUCUGGAUGGCAGCGAGAACUCCAUGCUGCAAAGUCUGCUAGUCGCACAGGAUCCUCAGCUGGGCUGCAUCGAGACACCGUUUGGCACCGUGGACUUUUGUCAGAUUGUUGGCGUCUUCGAGCAUGAGCUGGAGCAAGCUUCGCGCUGGAACGGGCGCGGUGUUUUGAACUUCCUGCGCGAGGAUAUCCAGACUGGCGGCGAGUGGCUGGUCACAAACAUGGACCGAACGAUGAGUGUGUUCGAGCUGUUCCCCGAGACGUUGAUCAAUCUGCAAGACGACCUCGAGAAGCAAGGCUCCGACUUGGCGGGUGUUAAUGCAGAUUUCACUUUUAAGGAAAUGAAGCCGACCAUCAAGCAGGAAGUCGAUUUCCAGUCCCUGAGCGAACGGUGUGCCACCGAGGAGAACAAUCGACCGAUGACGGAGUCGCAAAUGAAGCGUGAGGAGCCGAGCUUUCCCCAAUCGAUGUCGCUCAGCAGCAAUUCCCUGCACAAGUCCUGUCCCCUUGACUUUCAGCCCCAGGCACCGGACUGCAUUUCACUGGAUGGCAUCGAAAUAACCUUGGCCCCAACUGUGGCCAAGUACUUGCUGCUGGCCAUCAAGGACCGCAUACGCCACGGCCGUCACUUCACCUUCAAGGCUCAGCAUCUGGCCUUGACUCUGGUGGCUGAGACGGUGACCGGUGCCGCUGUCAACGUCCAUGAGCCAUACGGCGUCUUGGGCUAUUGGAUUCAGGUGCUUAUACCAAAUGACCUCGUGCCGCGCAUGAUGGAGGACUUCCGCAAUGCAAAUCUGGACGAGAACACCGAGCUGAGCCAACGCCUGCAGUUUGACUGGCCGGACAAAAACCUAAGGCUGAUUCUGGACCAGCCGGAGUCGACGCUGCCCAUAACCACAGCCACAGCUUCAGUCACAGCCAUGUCCCUUGAUGCCGUUCCAGAGAUCAUGUGAAACCGUUGAGCCAUCAGUAGUUAGUAUUAUUAUAAAUUAAUUGAAACAAAUCUUCUUCCACUAACACCCGGGAGUCCAGUCAAAAUAUAUUCAAAUACUCGAA